UUGUAACCUGGUUUCCUAGAGAUUGUCCUGUGUCUCUGUAGCUUAAUUGUUAUUUAAUGAUUGAUCAGAGGUUGCACUCAAACACUGGGCCCAGCCAGUGCUUAUGGAACUGUGUGGGAAUUGAGGAGCACGUGCAAUAUUUAGGCAGUUUGGAAGUCUGUACCAGCUUUAACUUUCCACUGGGCCCUCUUUCAUCUCCUUUGUGCGCAUCAUUACCUCUCAGUCAGAUUGUAUACAGUAAGGUGGGCAGACUGGGUAGCCUGGUGAAUGUACAUAGCCUCUGUCUGCCUGUCUCAUCUUAAUUUACCCUGUUAUGUUUCUUGCUCUACCACCAAUGUGCUGCUUAGCCCUACCAGGGCCAUAGCCUUAGACUUGUAGAGCUGGGCACUUUCCUUAUUAAUUUCUUUCAGUUUGCAUUCUUCGUUGACAGUAUCACUAAUGGGUUUUUUGGCCUCCACUCCAAAUCAAAUCAGCCCCUUCUCAUGUCAGCCCCUUCUCAUGUCAGCCCCUUCCAGAAGUGAAGCUGCUAGUUUUCAUGACCAGCCCUACCCUGGUAGAAGUACUGUCCUGACUGAGCUCUAAAGGAGUGGGAGCAGCCCCAGGCAAGAACAUCUCUGACUCCCACUGUUUUUAAGCAGAGUUCAGUGGUUCCUCACAAAUAAAUGUUUCUCAAUUUGUUGUUUAUGACUGCUCAAUUUCCAGAGCCAUGAAAUCAUUGUUUUUGAUAAUUCUGUCCAGCUUCAUAGUUGUUUCUUGGGGAGAUUUCCUGACUUACUUCCACAUCACCAAGUCCUGCUUCACAUGGCAACUGUUAAAAUGGCAAGUUCACAUGCUGAAGUUCUACUUAUCAAGGAACCAUUCUAUAGAUUCUUUGUACCAUUUUGGUACAAAUUUUGGAUCUCUGGUAAUCAGAACAAUCUGUUCGCCAUGCUACCUAGUCAGUCUACCUUGCUAUACAAUCUGUCAUCUGAGUCCUAUUUGAUAUGAGGAAUUUUACAUUUCUGCAAUAAUUGCCAGUAACUUUUUUGUGUAGUAUUUUCUUUUGAAUACCACAUGGAUGGCAUCUGACACUGUUUGUAAUGCUGAAUUUAAUGGAAGUUUACAAAUAAGUUAUUCUAUGAUUCUCCUUUAAAAAUGCAGAUACACAUAUAUGUAUAUAGUAUUAUAUCCUGUCUCUUCCGUAACACAGAAUGUUUAAAUGGUUAACAUUUGUGCUGCAGUAUAGCUUUCUGGCUCAUGAAAAAUGAAAGCUAUCAGCGAUCUGGGCAAUAAGAUUCAUCGCCAAUAGUCACUAGCAACAGCACACAGCAUUUUAAUAUCAGCGAGGUCCACAGCUAGCAGUAAGAGCUGGUGUAAUUGAAAGACGUUUAGGUGCAAUCAUUCUGCUGUUUGCUCCUUGCCAGGUUCAACAUGGGAUUGUCACGCAAAUCAUCAGAUGCAUCUGCUUGCUCCUCUUCAGAAAUAUCUGAUUCCUUUGUGAAAGAGUUUCUAGCCAAAGCCAAAGAAGACUUUUUGAAAAAAUGGGAGAAUCCAACUCAGAAUAAUGCCGGACUUGAAGAUUUUGAAAGGAAAAAAACCCUUGGAACAGGUUCAUUUGGAAGAGUCAUGUUGGUAAAACACAAAGCCACUGAACAGUAUUAUGCCAUGAAGAUCUUAGAUAAGCAGAAGGUUGUUAAACUGAAGCAAAUAGAGCAUACUUUGAAUGAGAAAAGAAUAUUACAGGCAGUGAAUUUUCCUUUCCUUGUUCGACUGGAGUAUGCUUUUAAGGAUAAUUCUAAUUUAUACAUGGUUAUGGAAUAUGUCCCUGGGGGUGAAAUGUUUUCACAUCUAAGAAGAAUUGGAAGGUUCAGUGAACCCCAUGCCCGGUUCUAUGCAGCUCAGAUAGUGCUAACAUUCGAGUACCUCCAUUCACUAGACCUCAUCUACAGAGAUCUAAAACCUGAAAAUCUCUUAAUUGACCAUCAAGGCUAUAUCCAGGUCACAGACUUUGGGUUUGCCAAAAGAGUUAAAGGCAGAACUUGGACAUUAUGUGGAACUCCAGAGUAUUUGGCUCCAGAAAUAAUUCUCAGCAAGGGCUACAAUAAGGCAGUGGAUUGGUGGGCAUUAGGAGUGCUCAUCUAUGAAAUGGCAGCUGGCUAUCCCCCAUUCUUUGCAGACCAACCAAUUCAGAUUUAUGAAAAGAUUGUUUCUGGAAAGGUCCGAUUCCCAUCCCACUUCAGUUCAGAUCUCAAGGACCUUCUACGGAAUCUGCUGCAGGUGGAUUUGACCAAGAGAUAUGGAAAUCUAAAGAAUGGUGUCAGUGAUAUAAAAACUCACAAGUGGUUUGCCACGACAGAUUGGAUUGCUAUUUACCAGAGGAAGGUUGAAGCUCCAUUCAUACCAAAGUUUAGAGGCUCUGGAGAUACCAGCAACUUUGAUGACUAUGAAGAAGAAGAUAUCCGUGUCUCUAUAACAGAAAAAUGUGCAAAAGAAUUUGGUGAAUUUUAAAGAGGAACAAGAUGACAUCCGAGCUCACACUCAGUGUUUGCGCUCUGUUGAGAGAUAAGGUAGAGCUGAGACCGUCCUUGUUGAAGCAGUUACCUAGUUCCUUCAUUCCAACGACUGAGUGAGGUCUUUAUUGCCAUCAUCCCGUGUGUGCACUCUGCAUCCACCUAUGUAACAAGGCACCGCUAAGCAAGCAUUGUCUGUGCCAUAACACAGUACUAGACCACUUUCUUACUUAUCUUUGGGUUGUCUUUCUCCUCUCCUACAUCCAUUUCUUCCUUUUCCAGUUUCAUUGGUUUUCUCUAAACAGUGCUCCAUUUUAUUUUGUUGGUGUUUCAGAUGGGCAGUGUUAUGGCUACGUGGUAUUUGAAGGGAAGGAUAAGUGUUGCUUUUAGUAGUUCUUGCCAAUAUUGUUGUUGGUCAAUGGCUUGAAGAUAAACUUUCUAAUAAUUAUUUUUACUUUGAGUAGCUCAGACUCGGUUUUGCCAAAACUCUUGGUAAUUUUUGAAGAUAGACUGUCUUAUCACCAAGGAAAUUUAUACAAAUUAAAACUAACUUUCUUGGAAUUCACUAUUCCGGCAGUAAAUUUUGGUAGACUAAUACAGUACAGCUAGACCCAGAAAUUUGGAUGGCUGUAGAUCAGAGGUUCUAGUUCCCUUUCCCUCCUUUUAUAUCCUCCUCCCCUUGAGUAAUGAAGUGACCAGCCUGUGUAGUGUGACAAAUGUGUCACUUUCAGCAGGAAAAACUAAUGAUAUGGAUCAUCACCCAGAUUCUCUCACUUGGUACCAGCAUUUCUGUAGGUAUUAGAGAAGAGUUCUAAGUUUUCUAAACCUUAACUGUUCCUUAAGGAUUUUAGCCAGUAUUUUAAUAGAACAUGGUUAAUGAAAGUGACAAAUUUUACAGUUUCUCUAAUAGUCCUCAUCAUAAACUUUUUAAGUGAAAAUAAGCAAACUAAAAAGAACAUUGGUUUGGAUAAAUACUUACACUUUGCAAAGUCAAAAAAUGGCUUGGUUAUUGAAAACAUUAUAGAGGUAUUCAUAUUUAAAUGAGGGUUUACGUUUGUUUUGUUCUGUAACCCUUAAAAAGAAGUUGUUUCCAGCUAAUUAUUCUGGUAUACUAUAUUUGUGAGCCUAGGGUAGGGGCACUGCUGCAACUUCUGCUUUCAUCCCAUGCCUCAUCAAUGAGGAAAGGGAACAAAGUGUGUAAAACUGCCACAAUUGUAUUUUAAUUUUGAGGUAUGAUAUUUUCAGAUAUUUCAUAAUUUCUAACCUCUUUUCUGUCAGUAAACAGAAUGUCUGAUCGAUCAUGCAGAUACAAUUUUGGUAUUUGAGAGGUUAGGUUUUUUUCUACACUUUUUUUUGCCAACUGACUUAACAACAUUGCUGUCAGGUGGAAAUUUCAAGCACUUUUGCACAUUUAGUUCAGUGUUUGUUGAGAAUCCAUGGCUUAACCUAGUUGUUUUUCUGGUUUUUUCUUUACUUUUAAUUUUCCCCAUCUGAUUUUAUCUCUGCGUUUCAGUGACCUACCUUAAAACAACACACAAGAAGGGUUAAACUGGGUUCAUUUUAAUGAUCAAUUUACAUGCAUAUAAAAUUUGUUGUUUUUAAUCAAGCUGAUCUUAAUGUAUAUAAUCAUUCCAUUUGCUUUAUUAUCGGUGCAGGUAGGUCACUCACACCACUUCUUUUCAUCUGUACCACACCCUUGUAAAACCUUUGAAGACAUAAAAAAAUCCUGUCUGAGAUGUUCUCUCUACCAAUCUAUAUGUCUUUCGGUUAUCAAGUGUUUCUGCAUGGUAAUGUCACGUAAAUGCUGAUAUUGAUUUCACUGGUCCAUCUAUAUUUAAAACAUGCAAGAAAAAAAUUAAAAUACUCUGCUCUAGCAAGUUUUAUGUAACAAAGACAUAUCGUCAUGUUAAUAAAUUUAAAACAUCAUUUGUAUAAAAUAUUUUAAUUUUCUUGUAUUUCAUUUAGACCCAAGAACAUGCUGACCAAUGUAUUCUAUAUGUAAACUACAAAUUCUAUGGUAGCUUUGUUGUAUAUUAUUGUAAAAUUAUUUUAAUAAGUCAUGGGGAUGACAAUUUGAUUAUUACAAUUUAGUUUUCAGUAAUCAAAAAGAUUUCUAUGAAUUCUAAAAAAAAUAUUUUUUUCUAUGAAAUUACUAGUGCCCAGCUGUAGAAUCUACCUUAGGUAGAUGACCCCUAGACAUACAUUGGUUUUGAGGGCUAUUCAGCCAUUCCAUUUUACUCUCUAUUUAAAGGCCGUGAGCAAGCUUAUCAUGAGCGAAUACGUCAAGGGAGUCAAUUUCUGACCAAUCAAGUACUCUAAAUUAGAAUAUUUUUAAGGUAUGUAGAAUUCCCAGUUUCAGCCACAAUUUAGCCAAGAACAAGAUAUAAACUUGAAUAAGAAGUAAGUAGCAUAAAUCAGUAUUUAACCUCAAAUUACAUUAUUUGAAACAGAAGAUACUAUGUUAUGCUCAGUAAAUAAUUAAGAGAUGGCAUUGUAUGAGAAGGAGCCCUAGACUGAAAGUCAAGACAUCUGAAUUUCAGGCUGGAAAACUAUCAGUAUGAUCUCAGCCUCAGUUCUCUUGUCUGUAAAAUAGAAGAACUGGAUUAGGCAGUUUGUAAAAUUCCUCCUAACUUUCACAGUUGAUGACAAGAUUGUCUUUUCAUCUGAAAUUUUGAAGGGUAUGUUGCUUUGAAGUAAGUCUUAGUAAGGCAAUAUAUUUUAGGGCAUCUUUCUUCUUAUCUCUGACAGUGUUCUUAAAAUUAUUUGAAUAUCGUAAGAACUUGGUGUCUGUCCUAAUUCCUUUCUCACUCACUGAUGCUGAACACCCAGUUGAAUCAAACUGUCAACCUACCAAAAAAGAUACUGUGGCUUAUGGGUAUUGCUGUCUCAUUCUUGGUAUAUUCUUGUGUUAACUGCCCAUUGGCCUGAAAAUACUCAUUGUAAGCCUGAAAAAAAAAAUUUCUUUCCCACUGUUUUUUCUGCUUGUUGUAAGAAUCAAAUGAAAUAAUGUAUGUGAAAGCACCUUGUAAACUGUAACCUAUCAAUGUAAAAUGUUAAGGUGUGUUGUUAUUUCAUUAAUUACUUCUUUGUUUAGAAUGGAAUUUCCUAUGCACUACUGUAGCUAGGAAAUGCUGACAACAACUGUGUUUUUUAAUUAAUCAAUAACUGCAAAAUUAAAGUACCUUCAAUGGAUAAGACAA